AGUUUUGUCAGCAUUUCUUAUUUAGGGAAAUCCUCAAAAUGGAUCUAACCCUUCCUGCUGAGUCUGUGAUUCCCCAGAUCCAAUAAAGAAAACAUAAAUAGGAUGGGAUUCUCUCUUCAUAAAGGAUAAACAAUUCAAGUCGACACAUUUUCGCAUACCGAGAGACUCAGCAGCAUUGAUCAGCUGGCAAUAUGGCAAUCCAGAGAGCGGACUAAGAGAGCGGCCCUCAGCUCGUUUCCUCAGGGCAACCGGCUUAAUUGAUUGCUCAGAUAGCACUCGGCGGCGUUCGACGACGGAAGCAAUUCAGAAGCAGUAGCAAUAUGGGAAGAAAUCUGGAAAAUAGCCUUAACCACGCAAAUGGGAACUAUGUUAACUUCGAUGAGCACCGCGAGAAGUACACCACCCAUUACAAUGCUCUGCGGAACAAGGUGUACAGUGAGUGGAAGGGUGCCAAAGUUCUGGGCAAGCUGGUCAAUGGAUGCACACUGGGCGGUGGCUAUGGCGACAAUCUUAAGGUAUCUAAUCCAGAUGAGUUUGACUUAGUGAUUCACCUGUCGUUUCCGGAAAACGAUAAGAUCAUUGUUAAGGGCGAUCCCCGGAAGCCAGGCAACGUGAUUCUGGACAUGACUAAGGUAAUGGAGAUCAUCGGAAACCAGGAACACAAUAAACCCGUUUUCGAGUUGCUGCAGAAGAUCGUGAACAACAAGAAUCAGCUGCUAGAGGACAAGUUGCAGAGCUUGUUGCAGGGUGUGAUGACCCAGACACUUAAAAAGAUGGGCGGGCAGAUUGAGGUGGGCGGCGUUGUUUCGCCUCUUUCAUACAAAAAGUGCGGUCCGGCCCACACGAUCUUUGUAAGGGGCGAUUAUGAGUACUCCGUGGACUUUGUUCCAGCCAUCAGACUGUCAGCGGCACAGGUCUUUUUGGACUCGGAGCAGAGGAAACACUUCGGCAGUACGCCAUACUGGGAUGCCAUUCCAAAACCGAUGAAGCCGGCGCUGCCCAAUAAUGUGUCCUUCAGGGCCUCCUUUUACGACGCUGAACGCACCCUUCUCCACGGAAAAGAUAACCUUAAAAACGCCAUCCGUCUGCUCAAACAGCACCGCAACGUCAAGAACAAAGCUAACCUAAAGAGCUACUACAUCAAGACGCUUUUCCUAUGGGAGGUGAAGGAACGGCAUGAUAGUUAUUGGCAGAAGCCCCUCAAAGAGAUUACGAUCGACAUGCUGGGCAAGUUGGAAAAAUCUUUAGCCGUAAGCCCAAGAAAGGGCAAGUUGCUAUUCUUCUGGGAUCCCAAACUAGACAUGCUUGCCGACUUAACCGUUGACCAGCGAGCUGAUAUGUAUAACUGUGUGUGUAAGGUCGGAUACACCUUUCGCCGAGCCGACGGAAAUCUUACCGAUGACAUCGAAAACACUGUUCAGACCUCUUUCUGUGCCAGCACCAACAAGGGGGCUGAAAAUAAGCCUGCGAAUGGACAGGGCGAGAAGACCAGACCGAUGCAAAAGCAAUGCAGUGCGAAGAAGAACAUUGAAACCGAAACAGAGGUCAAGGUACCAACUCCUGCUAAAGCGAAUGAGAAAAAGAGCAGCACGGUGCCUACCAUAUCCAAUCCAAAAGCGAAUGAGGCAAAGGGUCAAACUUCUGAAAAACCAAAGUCUGCGGAGGCCCAGACAGGAAUCAAGCCAAAGUCAAAGUUAGUUACCGAUUAUAUCAAACCAAAUCCAAAACCGAAUGAAAAGAAGGCAGCCAACGUGGAUACUCCUUCUCCAGUGAGCGUUAAAAAUACCAAUCCAAAUGGGAUUGGGGAGAAGCCGAAAACUAAUGCCAAUAAAAGAGGUGACUCCAAGCAACAACAAACUCCGGAUGAAAAAAAAAAAGAAGAUUCCAAAUGCCUUAUAAACUAG